GGGACGGAGUGAAGGAAGGAAGCCGCAGCCCAUGUUAGGAAAUGUUCUCCCUGGGGCGCUGCUGCUGUAGUCAGCUGGACGGAGAGGAGUGUUGAUCGCACACAGGAUUUCACCCCGGCACGGAUCAUAACAAUCAUAUUAAAAAGCAUUCACCAACAUGGCUCAAGCUAAAAUACAGGCGAAAAUGAAUGACGCUAUGGGCAGCAAGUUCAGCAGGACGCUGUCCAUGGCAGAUCGCUCCGGACAACUCCUGGAAAGUUUGGAUCAGCUGGAAAUGAGGGUGGAGGCUUUACGCGAAACAGCAUCGGCCAUGGAGCAGGAGAGGGAGCUGAUCCUGGAAACGAUCCAGUCCAUCCAGAACGGACAGGAGCUGAGAAACGUUUCUCAAGGGGAGAGAGAAGAGUUGUCUUUGACUGCCAACCGUCUGAUGGGCCGGGCGCUGUGUGUGGAGGUCUCUGUUGGCACCAUCAGAAACUCCCAGCAGGAGGAGGCCCUGCGCAACGCCACAUCUUUAAUCGAUGAAAUAGUGAAGAAGUUGCUUGAUGACAUGAACAGCGGGCGGGAGCGUCUGCUGGCCGUGUACGCAGCCUGUGUGACCGAGGCCCCCCCCGUUCCCAUCGACCAGAAGUUUCAGGCCCUAGUGAUCAGCUGUGCCCUGGAGGACCAGAAGAAGAUCAAGAGGAGGCUCGAGACUUUGGUGAGGAACGUUGAAAAUGCUGGAAAGAACAUCAAGAUUAUGGAUCACCAGAAACUGUAGGACCCACAAGCCAAUGGCUGUCAAUAACACCAGUCAACAAAUCAAAAUGCCUCUUUUAUGCCACUAACCUCACCAAGAACUGUUAUUAUCUUAUACUAAUGUUCUACAAGUAGCAGCAAGACCAUUACAUUACAAUGAUACUGAACAUUAGGGCCAAAAAUACAGUAAGUCAUACUGUAGGGAGUGUUAACUUAAAAUGAUUGCCAUACACUGAACUUCUUAAUAUGGAUUAUUUAGUGUGUAUUCCCAGUUCACAAUGUGUGAUCAUAUAAUGCACUCACCAUUAGAGGUAGGUCACAGUUCUUAGUAAAACCAAAUGCAUGACAAUGAAUCUAAUGAUAAAGUAUUUCCUGUUUCAUUGUAUCACCGUGGUAACUGUUUUGGUUGUGUGUAAACUACCUCUGUGUGAAAGCAACACCAAUCACAUUUAGCUGUGGGUUUUAGUUCAUAUUUGCACAAAGUAGUUUUGAUGUCAGAUUGUACAUGUAUGUCAAAAACAUAAUAAAAAAUACUUCUCUUAAAUGUUAAGGAAA